UAUUAUUCCUACACCGCUGUGCCCUAGGGCGUGCCGGACCUUCAACAACUUACUAUACAGGAAAACCGUGCCCUCGUGGGCCGGGUGAAAAACCCAUAUCGACAAUCAAGGAAACGGUCAGUGUGCGAUCCUGCAAAUACAAAGUGGGAAGGCCUCUUGGCCUUCGAAGGAAAGGGUAUCAGACUGCGAGCUCCAGCUCCAGCCUCCUGGCCAGACCGUACAUCGGCAGUUUCCCCGAGUCCAUCAGACCCGUUACGAUAUAUGGUUGGUUCGUGACACUAUAUCUACUACAUUGCGCGAUCUGAAGCUAUGACGGUGAAGAAUGUAAGAAGAAGAUUAUUUCAUUCACUUGUUUGCUUAACCCAACGGAACGGUGGCUUUUCAAGAAGGUCGAGCCGCCCUGCCGAGGGACUGCGAGAUAGCGGCGGCGGCGGCAGAGCCCUAGAUGGUGGUCGAGGUGACCGACCAACUACUCUCCCCGAAGCGAUCGAGUCGCGCCCCGAAACCAAGUGCAAAAGUACAUGAAGCGAUGCAAUCACUUGAGGAUGCGGCAACUACGUCGAGAAGAGCUAUAACUUAUACUACGCGGAGCGCCGCAUCGAAAGGAACACGUUUAUUGGGAACCGGGAGCGGAGCCAACGGCCAACUGAGGCGGGGAAAACAGCGCUUUAGGCGCUCCUAGAGGCAAUCAACGAACAGCGAAACGAGACGUGCGAGAUAAUUGCCGAGCAAGGAAAUAUGAUCUGUGAGCAACGAAACAUAAUUUGCGAGCUACGCGACGACGCGAUCCAACAGCUCUUUGAGGAGCUGAGACAAGCCCUAGAUCAGAUCGAUGCUCUCGUAUACAACCUGGUCUUUACGGCU